AGAUAAGAGGUUGGAGCGCGGCAUCGAGGGCCAAAUUAGCACAAGUGGAGGACAAUCCGGCCUGGCGGCAGACAAGAGUGGGCACUGACCAGGACGGUUCCUCCAGAGCAAACAACAGGGAGAUGCCCGCCCGCUCCUUCCCAGCUCCUCCCCGUGCCCGCUAACACAACACGGCCGCCUGCAGUCUCCUCUCUGGGUGAUUGCCUGGGCCCAAGAUGUGUCCUGGGGCACUGUGGGUGGCCCUGCCCCUGCUGUCCCUGUUGGCCGGCUCCCUGCAGGGGAAGCCACUGCAGAGGUGGGGACAAGGGUCUGCUGGGGGAAACACCCACAGCCCACUGGAGGUGCCUGGAGGUGAGCUGCCAGAGCACACCUUCAACCUGAAGCUGUUUCUGGAGAACAUGAAGGUGGAUUUCUUACGCAGCCUUAACCUGAGUGGGGUCCCUUCACAGGACAAAACCAGAGUUGAGCCGCCGCAGUACAUGAUCGACCUGUACAACAGGUACACGUCUGAUAAGUCAACCACGCCAGCGUCCAACAUCGUGCGGAGCUUCAGUGUGGAAGAUGCCAUCUCGGUAACUGCCACGGAGGACUUCCCCUUCCAGAAGCACAUCUUGCUCUUCAACAUCUCGAUUCCCAGGCACGAGCAGAUCACCAGAGCCGAGCUCCGACUCUAUGUCUCCUGUCAAAAUCACGUGGACCCCUCUCACGAUCUGAAAGGAAGCAUGAUCAUUUACGAUGUUCUGGAUGGAACAGAUGCCUGGGAUGGUGCUGCCGGGACCAAGAACUUCCUGGUGUCCCAGGACAUUCGGGAUGAGGGCUGGGAGACCUUGGAAGUGUCCAGCGCUGUGAAGCGCUGGGUCCGGGCCGACUCCACCAAGAGCAAAAAUAAGCUGGAAGUGACUGUGGAGAGCCACAGGAAGGGCUGCGACAAGCUGGACAUCAGUGUUCCUCCAGGUUCCGGAAACCUGCCAUUCUUUGUCGUCUUCUCCAAUGACCACAGCAGCGGGGCGAAGGAGGCCAGGCUGGAGCUCAGGGAGAUGAUCGGCCAUGAGCAAGACAGCGUGCUCAAGAAGCAGUCCAGGGAUGGCUCCACAGAGGCAGGUGAGAGCAGCCAUGAGGAGGACGUGGACAGCCAGGUGGCUGCAGGACCAACUUUAGCCAGACGGAAAAGGAGCGCCGGGGCGGGCAGCCACUGUCAGAAGACCUCCCUGCUGGUGAACUUUGAAGACAUUGGCUGGGACAGCUGGAUCAUCGCGCCCAAGGAGUACGAAGCCUACGAGUGUAAGGGCGGCUGCUUCUUUCCCUUGGCCGAUGAUGUGACGCCGACGAAACACGCGAUUGUGCAGACCCUGGCGCAUCUCAAGUUCCCCACAAAGGUGGGCAAGGCCUGCUGUGUGCCCACCAAACUGAACCCCAUCUCUGUCCUCUACAAGGAUGACAUGGGGGUUCCCACCCUCAAGUACCACUACGAGGGCAUGAGUGUGGCAGAGUGUGGGUGCAGGUAGUACCUGCCUGUGGGGCUGGGGAGGCAGGCGAAAGGGGCUCCUCAUGGGAGGUCCUGCAUCCCCCUAGGCACAACAAGGACUGAUUCUAUCUGCAUGCCAGCCUGGAGGGGGAAAGGGAGCCUGCUGUCCCGCCCCAUCCCCCACCCAAAGCACACACCACCGAUUCAACUGCCAGGGAACCCUAAGGAAAUGGGGGUUUGAGCACAAUGGGAAAACCUGGGAGGGUUGUUGGGGUGCAAGGAGGGGACAAAAAGGAGACAAGGGGAAAAAUAAUCCAGAGUCAUCAGAAAACUGAGCAGCAGUGAGCCGGAGGAGCACAGGCAGGCAGGUGACUGCAGAGACUGAUGGAAGUUAGAGAGGUGGAGGAGGGUGGGCUCAUUCCAAAACCCUGCGGAGUGGAGGGAAGGAGCAGGCCACGCUCCACAUCCAUCACGGCAUGUUAUUUCCCACAACCCAGUUAGAGGGGCAUGGCUUCCAAUUUAGAGACGCAGAGACCAAAACGCAGGCACACGAAGUAGCAUUGAUCAGUGGCAUGAUUCCAACCCAGCUCUGUGGGACCUCAAAGCCCAGGAUCUUCCCAAGUGCCCCACUGCAGUUUAGCAGGUCCUCUCUAGCUAAAGAGCAGUGAGUCACUGGGAGCCCAGGGGUGUUCACUCCAGGCCGCGCUGAGGCUCAUCAGUCACAAGUGUGACUAGGUUACUUGUCACAUCCAGGGCAUGGUCUGGCCACUGUUGCCAGUGCUCACUCAGUGGCCAAAUGUUUUUUAAUAUCUCCUCUGAGGCACUGAGAAACUAUCUCAGGCCAACGGCAGGACAGACAGAGAGGUCAGGACAGCAGCCUUGUGGGCUGCAUGAUACACUGUGACCCCCUCGUGCAGUGCUCCUGCAGCCAGUGGCGCACACGGGACAACUCGCUGUCCAUGGCUGAAACCAUGUGACUGUUUGAGAGGGGGCCACACUUUCCCCUGAGGGGUGGGGCAGCCUGCGGCCGGCAUCUCUGCAGUUACUCAGCAUAGCCAGAUCACCGGCAUAUGGCACCCAGGGUGCCCCCAGCGACAACCCCAUGGAAGGCAGGCCUGGAUUUGAAUUUGUUGGAAUUAAAUGUGCUCAUGCUUUGGUUUUCGAAACAUUCCUAUUUUUAUGCCUUGGUGACAUGUCCUCAAGUGACAAGACUCCAGCCUUCCUGGGGGAGGCCUCCCCAGGCUCUGAAGAGCUACAGUCCUUAUGGGCAGUCACUGGCUCUGCCUGUAUUUGCCGGCUCUCUUGAGUCAUGCAUCCCAGAGCCCUGCCUGGGCUUGGAUUGUGGGACCAGACCCAGCCUCCACAAACCCAAGGGAGGACAUGCCUUCCACGUGCUCAGUGUUUUACCCCCUCCUGGCCAAACAUGGAAUGGGGCGGUGUGAGGAAGAUUCUGCAAGUAGUGGAGAGUGCACCCAUGGCCCUCUGACCUCCAGCCGGAGCAGGGCCUAGGGGAGGCUUAGAGAGGCCAGGGCUGCUCCCCACGGUUGAAGCUCCCAUUUAUUUUUUUUAAACAGUGCGUAUGGGAGGGGGUGGGAAAGCCUUAUGUUAAAUGUUUACAUGGAACCAAUGAACAACUUUAACACGAAAAUACAAUGAAACAUUCUGGUUUAAUUACUGGUGUUAAAGAAAAUAUGAAUUUCUGGUACAUGCCAGGCAGUGUGGUGUUACAAUGCUGUUCCAAGUUGGGUGUUGAGCAUCUUCUUUCAGAACUGGUGGUGUUUCUGUGCCUGCUUGAAAGUCUCACUUGGAAAUAAAGUCAAAUGUCUAA